AUGUCUUGUGUGACAUUUAAACUGAAAGUCUUAUUUGUUGGCAGGAUCAGCUUCUCGUGCCUUUUCCCAGCCUCAUGGCAUUUCAGCCUGUCGUCCCAGGUUCUUCCUCGCCUUCUGGUACCUUCCCUCAGACAGCUGCUCUUCAUCGGCCUGGUGAUCUGCCUCAUCGGACUUCUUUAUUUGCUGCUUAUAGCCGCAAAGGGACAUGCCAGCUGGGUCACGAAGGAGAAUCACUUCAACAGGCACUUGGCAAGGGUUACUGAUCUAGAUGCGACGGACACAAGCAACCCCAACUUGAACUACGGGCUGGUGGUGGACUGUGGCAGCAGUGGCUCCAGAGUGUUUGUGUACUGCUGGCCCCGGCACAACGGUAAUCCUCGCGAGCUGCUGGAUAUCCGGCAAAUGCGGGAUCAGCACCGCAAGCUGGUGGUCAUGAAGAUCAAGCCUGGGAUCUCUAAAUUGGCUAAAACACCUGAAAAAGCCAGUGAUUACAUAAAUCCACUUCUAAGCUUUGCAGCUCGGCACAUUCCCAAAAAUAAGCACCAUGAAACACCCCUGUACAUUCUGUGCACAGCUGGAAUGAGAAUCCUUCCAGAGAGUCAGCAAGAAGCACUCCUGGAGGAUCUGCGCACAGAUAUCCCAGUCGACUUCAACUUCCUCUUCUCCGAUUCCCACGUGGAGGUGAUUUCUGGAAAACAAGAAGGUGUCUAUGCGUGGAUUGGAAUAAAUUUUGUCCUUGGAAGGUUUAACCAUGUACAUAACGAAGGGGAAUCUGUGGUGGAGGUCCAUGUUCCAGGCAGCGAUCAGCAGGAGGCGAUGAUGAGGAAGAGGACAGCGGGUGUCCUGGACAUGGGUGGUGUCUCCACACAGAUUGCGUACGAAGUUCCCAAAACUGUAAGCUUUGCCUCUCCACUGCAGGAGGAAGUUGCCAAGAAUUUACUGGCCGAGUUCAACUUGGGAUGUGAUGCACAUAGCACUGAUCAUGUGUAUCGUGUUUACGUGUCCACUUUCCUGGGCUUUGGAGGAAAUGCAGCGCGCCAAAGAUACGAGGAGAGCGUCGUUCGAAAAACUGCAGCUCGAAACAAACUUCUAGGUCAGCAUGUUGGUGAGACAGCAGAGUCUCCGCUCCUGGACCCCUGUCUCCCCACAGACCUGCAGGAUGAGAUCAGACCGUCUACAUCGAAGCUCUACCUACGAGGAACGGGAGAUUUUGACCAGUGCAGAUUAAUUCUCCAGCCGUUCCUCAACCGCACGAAUGACACCCAAACCUCCGUCAGCGGCGUCUAUCAGCCAGUGAUCGACUACAACAACAGCCAGUUUUAUGGCUUCUCUGAGUUCUACUACUGUACCGAGGACGUGCUGCGCAUGGGCGGAGACUACAACGCCUCCAAAUACACCCAAGCAGCCAAGGGUUACUGCGCCACCCAGUGGAAAACACUGAAGGAACGCUUUGACUCGGGCUUGUAUGCUUCACAUGCAGAUCUUCACAGGCUCAAGUAUCAGUGUUUUAAAUCAGCCUGGAUGUACGAAGUGUUGCACGCAGGGUUCUCCUUUCCAACCAGUUACAAAAACCUGAAGACCGCCUUGUUGGUCUACGAUAAGGAGGUCCAGUGGACUCUUGGAGCUAUUCUGUAUAGGACAAGGUUUCUACCUUUAAGGGACAUCCCCCAGGAGAGUCUGAAAGGAGCGCACUCUCACUGGCGACACAGCUUCUCUUUUGUCAACAACCACUACUUAUUCCUGGCUUGCUUCUUCAUCGUGUUGCUCUCCAUCAUGCUGUACGUGCUGCGUCUCCGCCGCAUCCAUCGGCGUGCGGUGCAGCGUUAUAGCCCCUCCUCUGUCCCGUGGCUGGAGCAGGGCCUCGGCUCACCAUCACUCCCCAUCAACCUCUAA